AUGGCGAUACGAACUCCCCUACAAAAAGACGAGAUACGACUCCUUCGCUUGAGUUCCAAGACAGAAUCAGCCUCUCAGCCCGUCAUCACCUUUGAACAAGUCUCACUGUCAGAUCCCAAUUUCCCCAGUUUUGUCGCCCUCUCUUAUGUAUGGGGCGACCUGGAAGAUACCCUGCCACUACGCGUAUCGGGAGAAGUCAUCCCAGCCACCAGAAAUCUCCAUGUAAUUCUACAGUGUCUCUCCUCGGCAAACUUUGGCCAAUUCCUGUGGAUCGAUGCUCUAUGCAUAAACCAGAAUGAUUUGCUUGAACGUGCUGCACAGGUAGCCUUGAUGGGCGGCAUUUAUUCCCGCGCGUCAUAUGUCCUGGCUUUCCUAUCUCCCCUGUCAGAACCUUUCGAUCUUGGAUUGGAUUUCCUUCAAGAGGCGGCUCGUGAUUCGGAGCUUCACUAUGAGCCGUCAUUGUCACCGCAUAUCUCCGUUAACGGCCUCACCGCCAGCUCCGAAUCUCUCCGAGAUUCUCUCAUUUCCUUUUUCGCCGCCCCAUGGUGGACCCGAGUGUGGACCGUUCAAGAAUAUGCCCUUGCAGCCAAGGUCAUUUUUCAGUGUGGAAACCGGCAGAUGGAAGGAGGUGUAGUCCUGACGGCUUUUAGAAACCUGGCAACUCAUGAGAGAAAAUGCUGCUGGGCUGCACGUCGAGCUGCAGAUGGCAAUGCUCGUGGCUUCCUGGACUAUCCUAGCGAGGCGAAUAACGGGCUGACCUUGUUUAAAGCCACUCUUCGGAUAAACAACCUCAACUCCAUUGUCAAUUCCGAAGCGUUUGGUGUUCAGGAUUUGCUGGAUGCCACCAGCCUCUUCCGGACGAGACAAUGCUCAGAUCCGCGUGAUAGAGUAUUUGGACUACUGGGGUUGCAUCUCAAAGACGAUAACCUCCAAAAGAUGUUACUAACAGAUUACACCAUUCCGACGGCACUUCUCUAUCGCAACCUAGCUAUGGCUGCGAUCGAGAACUCUCAAACGUUGGAUGUUCUGAGCCAUGUGUUGCAUAGGCCAUCUAUUCAUAAGCGAACCCCGGGAUUACCAAGCUGGGUUCCAGACUGGGACGCCCUCAUGGAUGACGACUAUCACCUGAUGUAUACAGAGAGGACUGACAAGUUGCGUCAUUUCUCAGCUUCAAAAGAUCUGAAACCUAAAUGGAUUCUCCAUGAUUCAGGUCUCGUCACGACUCAUGGCCUCCAGUUUGCCAAGAUCGCAGCUACAGCUCCAGGCUAUCCUGAUCCUGACUCGACAACGGGAGGGAAACAAUUGCUAGAGAAAUGGCGUCAACUUUCAGGUCUGCCUCAAGAACCUAUUGCCUCUCCAAAUGGAGACUCUGACGAGUCCAAGCGAGAAUGGGCUUUUCAACGAUCACUCUGUGGCAAUGUCACUCUUUCACAAUGGGCGGACCAUUCAUGUGACCACACGGCAGCAUACAACACAUGGCACUCAUGGUUUACCCACCCAGAGCCAGCUUCACUACCAGAGGACGCGAGAUCAACUGCACGCGAGUUUGACUUUCUGGUUCAGAUUGCUUCUCUGGGCAGGUGCUUCUUUGUGACUGAAGAUGGAGAUAUGGCGUUUGGGCCAGAGUCGGCACAAGCUGGGGAUGUUGUUGCCAUCAUCCCUGGAGGAAGAGUGCCAUAUGUAUUACGAAGGGUUGAUUCUUCGGAUGGUCCAGAGGGUCAAGUACCAGUUUAUGAGUUUGUUGGUUGA